AUGAAUGAGACCACUCCUUCCCCGAGUCCCGCACCGGUCCCCAAAGCUUCGCCCGGCUCAAAACCCUCACCCUCACCGACUGCCGGCACAAAACGCAAGAGAAAUACCCCAGCCAAAUACUACGCCGUCAAGGCAGGUCAUAAACCGGGUAUCUACUAUGGGUGGAAUGACUGCCUGGCUCAAAUAACGGGGUUCAAGGGAGCAAUAUGUGAGUGCGCCUUUCGCUGUGGUCGUUCCGGCGCGUCAAUUUGGCAAGUAACUGAGAAUAUCAAUGCUUUAGUCCAAUCAUUUCCCUCACAAGAAGCAGCGAACGCGUUUUUGAACGGUGUCAAGCUUCCGACGAGCGCUUCCUCAGGCGCGGAAACUAGAUUCUACGGGAUCCAACGAGGUCGAGUCCCAGGCGUAUACACGGACUGGACCAAAGCACAAGAACAAAUUCGUGGGUUUGCCCGGCCUCGAUAUCGCAAGUUCUCAACCCGUGAGGAGGCAGAGGACUUUGUGCGGGAAGGACAGAAACCAGUUCCUGCAGUCGGAUUUGGCGUACCGUCUGGCGCUCACGGAAUUGAGACUGAAGCACCAAAAGAUGCCGAAGGGGUCGGGUUUGCACCUGGUGAUGGCCCAUUGCCCCAGGGAGCUGAAGAUGGCUUUGACCCUAAUGUGCUUCUAGAUCCGGCUACUGGCAAAGUGGUGUACAAGACCACAACCCAGAAGGCAGCAACAAAGACACAAUCCACAGGAAUCCCGGGAAUGCUCCGGAUAUACACAGAUGGAAGUUCAUUAAGGAAUGGCACACCGUUAGCAUCGGCCGGAGUAGGGGUAUACUUCGGGCCUGACGAUCAAAGCAGGAAUGUCUCGGAGCCACUCAAAGGCAGCCGUCAAACAAAUCAACGCGCCGAACUGACAGCCAUCCUUCGGGCCAUUGAUAUUGCCCCCCGGCACCGAGAUGUAACUAUAUUCACCGAUAGUCGAUAUGCGAUUGACUGUGUAACGGUGUGGUUUGUCAACUGGCGUCGCAAUAAUUGGAUGACUCGUGAUAAGAAGCCAGUUGAGAACAAAGAUUUGGUUGAGUCAAUUCUUGUGAAGAUUGAGGAACGCAAUGAGCUCAAGGUCAACACCUUGUUUGAAUGGGUCAAGGGCCAUAACAAAGACCCUGGCAAUGAAGAGGCUGAUCGUCUAGCGGUCAAUGGAGCCCACCAGGGCGUGUCUGCCAAGGCAGAGGCGCUUGAGGUUGCCCAAGAUGUGCCUGACGAGGUUUUUGACGAAGACUUUUAA